AACCAGUGUCGUAACUUCUCCAGUGCCAUUUUGAUGGUGAGUAGCUCUCAGUAACCUACAUUGUACUUCCUCUCUGCAGGCGACAGUUUAUGGGACAAGCAGGCACAGAGAUGGAUAUCGCCGUCCUUGGCCGACCGUUCGAGAGGACUUCGCCCAACCCCCAUGGCCGAAGCAUCCACCUCCACCACGAACUGAAGACUGUGAUCUGGCAUAGUGAGGAUUGGUGCAGAAACAAAGCAGUCUUUCAAUUCACGAAAUGCUGCAUCCGCUUAAGAGUCGGGUCGCGGGGGCAGCAGCUUAAUUUGAGAGGCCCAGACUUCCUGCUCCCCAGCCACUUGGGCCAGCUCUUCUGGGGGAAUCCCAAGGCGUUCCCUAGCCAGCCCCAACCUGAUCCACAAAUGUCACCUCCACUCUGCAAACAGAAAGCAGAGGAAGACAUCGAGCAGGAGGGAGGAGAGAGAGAUCAGCGUGAGCGGGAGGAAGAGGAGGAGGGUGUCACGAAAUGCAAAUGCAGCCCGCGUCCGUUUUUACAAAUUAAAUGUCAGGACAUAAAAUAUUGUCAGUUUCAUUUUGCUGCCAGAAGGAUGACAAAUCCAUAUUCUCCUUUAAAUAAAACUCUUAUUGCGGUGGAGGGGGUAAUCAUGGCAGAACAAAGCGCCGUUAUUAACGAUAGCAAUUUAUUGUAUCUGGCGCCUGGCGAGGCAGAGGAACAGAGAGACAUCAUGGUUAUCAUAAUUCAUAUCGUAAAUAACAGGUCCCAGCCAAUCACAAGGAGCCGCCGAUGUCAUCCCAAAUAACCUUUGAUAACAAUUACCAUAGAAGCCAGUACAAACCCCCAAGUCACAAUGUUAUCUUAUCCCCAUUCUCUGCUUGUAGAAUACAACACUAUUACCAUAUAGAUUAGACUAUUUAUAAUAGUGCGUGUCACUCCUGGGUGCAGCUUUAAGUCGUUGGCGUGCGUGUGUGUAGGUGCAGCGCGGCGGUGAGGACACGCCGAGGUUGGUGGACCUGUCUUUGGGAGGAGAUUAUA